AUGGUCAACGAAGUCGCUGUCAAUGUGCUUGGCACAAUAGGCACCAUCCUAUGGUGUGUCCAAUUGGUGCCUCAAAUCAUUAGAAAUUAUCGUGUAAAAGAUUGCACCGGACUCCCACAAGUAAUGAUGUUUUUGUGGGCUGCAUGUGGUGUGCCGUUCUCUAUUUAUUUUAUGGGAACCGAUGCGCUGAUCCCACUUAAGAUUCAGCCACAAUUAUUCACAUUCUUCUGCACCAUCUCGUGGAUCCAGACGCUAUAUUAUCCUCCGGUGCAAUUGCCAUUUCGCCGGCUUGCGCUUUAUGUGGGGUCAUUUUUGGCCGUUGCUGUUGGCUGCGAGGUGGGCUUCAUUUUGUGGUUGCGCCCAUUGUACCAACGCGAUAUCAAAUGGCCGAUGCUUCUAAUGGGAAUCGCCGCAUCCAUUCUUCUCGUUUUGGGUCUUAUCCCACCUUAUUUUGAGAUGGCCAAGCGAAAUGGACGUGUGGUUGGCAUUAACUUCGUCUUUUUGGCAAUGGAUGCGUCGGGUGCCUUGUUUUCUAUGUUGAGUGUGGUGAUUGGAAACAUGGACAUUAUGAGUCUAAUUUUAUACGCGCUCGUGCUAGCCAUGGAGCUCGGAAUAUUCUCUGGGUCGUUGUACUGGUACUUGACUGGCGGGCGCGAGAUCAUUCGUCAAGAAAAGCUAGAGGAACAACGGAAGUCUGAAAAUGGGAGUCUGAGUGAUUCCUUUGUGGAUUCACAAAUUUCUGUGGCUGCUACUGAGAAGAGUUGA